CAAGUUUUGCGCGUCUACCCAGCAACACCUUUGAAGCAUAAGUCACAAACCUAGAACCGAAAAUGAAAGGAGUGUUAUCACGUAGCACAUAUUUACAACUACUCUAACUUAAUAUGUAAGUUUUAUUUGUCACUGGAUUAAAUCUAAGGCGGUAAGUAUCUAUGUGACAGCUUUCUUCUAAUGGUUUUGAGUAAUGUUCAGACCUGCUUUCUCGAGAAUGUAUGGUCAUUUUAAUUGCUAAUGCAGGGAAAAAUGGAAGUCAGUAUUUAUAUGUUUAGCUGAAUAAUUCACAUUACGUUAACCGAUUGCGGGGAGAGAAAGAGCGAUAAUCUAGGAUGAAACAAAAAUUUGGUUGCAAAGUGCGAAAUUCAUGUGAAAGAUUUUGAUUUUCGUGACAUCGUUAACAUUUACUUUCGUUACAUUUACCGAGUGACGAUGUUUUGCUUUGUGUGCCCAAUUUUCUUUCCUAAAUAGCACAAAAACUUCAGAAAAAGAAGUAAACAUUUACGAGAGUAAAUAACCAUGCUAAAUGUAAUGCAAUUUACUAAUCCAUUCUCAUGUUUCCAGCUGUCGACCGAGAGAUUUCACGUAAAAAUGUCUAAUACGGUAAACAUACACCUCUUUCUUUCCAAAAGUCUUAACGAUCCUUUAUAUAGACAACUUAUUUGCUUCAUGACAGGAUGCAAUUGUUUUCUACAGGACGAUUCAGCCGUGACGAAUGCUCAGACGAUACUUAAAAAUGAUUUACAUGAUCUAAAAAAGAUCAAGCAGGAGAUUAAGAUGUGCGAGGUGUGUAUAAUACGACAGCUCAUGCGCAGUUGUUGAAAGACCAGCAAGACUUUAGUGACUCCAAAGAUGAGCUUUGUAAACUGGCUGAGGGAUUUCAGAAACACAGCGAAAAAAUCAAGCAUGAAACUGAAGAGGAGGAGAAAGAGCACAGCCGAAGUAUGCAUGAUUUACAGAUGAAGCUUGCCAAGCUGCAGGAGGAGGAGGAUCGUCUGAAGACAGUGGAGAUGCAGAUGAAGGAUGACCUUGAGCGUGCUGACAGGCUGAAUGAGAAGCAAACACAGCAGACACAGUUGUCUGCAAUUGUGCCUGAAAAGCGGUUGGUUUUCGCCGGAGAUGCAAGCAGUAAGGCAGGAGGUUUGGAUGUGAAUUCUCAAAUCGUCUAUCCCAUGGAAGGUGGGACUGUGCUGCUCACAUUUGAAGAUGAGAAAGUGGCACAGCAAGUUCUGGCUCUUCAGAAGCACGUGAUCCAGUUGAACGAAUGUUCCAUAACCCUAGAGGCCAAUCCUGUACAGUUCCUCAUCCCAAAGCUCAUAGAGAUGGACAUCCAUGAGUGUCCCAGGUGCAUUCUAAUCUCCAACCUGCCAAAGAACGUUGAAAAAAGCCGACUCUUGGAUAAGCUGGAGCUGCACUUUAGCAAGACGCGCAAUGGAGGAGGUGAAGUGGAGUCCAUUGAUAUGCUGGAAGAUUCCAAUGUGGUCAUAAAGUUCUUGAAUGGUGAUGUUACUGAAGGUUUGGUGCGUAAGGAGUACCAGGAUGUGCAAAUAGACAAGAAGGAGAGAGUUAGAGUGACUCCCUUUGUGAAUGGGGAAAUAACCACCCUGCAGACCCAGCUGUCUGUGUCCGGGCGUACCGUGUCACUCACUGGGAUUCCCAGUAUCAUGGAUGAGGACACCAUGCAGGACAGCCUGGAGGUCCAUUUCCAAAAGUCCUCUAAUGGUGGAGGCGAAAUUGAAGCCAUUGCCUUCAACCCUGUCGGUCACAACAAGCUUGCUGUCUUUGACAAUGACAAUUCUGCAGACCCUUGAGUCUGAAGUACUACAGGCCAGUCUAUAAUAUAAUGAUACUAUUAUUAAGUUUUAUAAAUUCUCAUAUAUCACUAAAAAGCUGUAUGUAUGUCCAUGUGUCAAUUCUACAAAGGAAAAUCUUUAGUAGUUAGCUGGGGAAUAAGUUUUGAUUUUGAAGAUGAUGUUACAUUUCAUUAAGUCAUCACUAAGUCUAAUCUAAAUACUUAUGCUUAUGAAUAUUAUGCACUAAAAUGUAUGUAACUGAAAGACAUAUGAAAAUAUAUGUUUAUGUUUUAGAAUAGCAUGUUUGGUACCAUGAUCAGAAAUGUUACAUGAUCACAUGUGGAAUGUUUGAACUGAUAUUUUGCAAAGACUGAUCACAGUACAACAAGUACAACUACACUGAGAGAUUGUUGUAAUAUGUCUUUGACUGAUCACGCUGUUAGUUCCCACUAGAAUCCACUUGCAUGGCCCGUAUUUCAUCACUCCUUGGGCUUGAGGGCAAUACCCAGCUAUGACAGCCUGGUGGCAGCAGAGAGCACCAGUCUCUCAGGCUGUCUGUGAAAACGUGUUACAAUUUACACUAUACAGCUGCUGUAAACAUUUCCCAACAACCUAGUUUGAGGGUAAAUAUACUUUUUGAAGGAUUAAAGAUUAAGUAACAAGG